AUGUACAGUUUGUUGAAGCUGCUGCUGCAGUUGCUGACAUUGUUGUUGUUGGAUGCUGCAGAGCCCCGUCUUCAUCAACGGCUUUUCCGAGUGCCACUUCGCCGCUUUCCAUCUGCACGUCAGCGUUUCGAGCAGUUUGGCAUUCGCAUCGACAAACUAAGGCUGAAGUACAGUGUCGUGGGCGUUCAUAAGGAGCCGCUCAGCAAUUAUCUAGAUGCCCAGUACUUCGGACCUCUUACCAUUGGAACGCCACCGCAAAAGUUCAAUGUCAUUUUCGACACGGGAUCUGCCAAUCUGUGGGUGCCCUCGGCCACGUGUGCCUCGACCAUGUUGGCCUGCAUGAUACACAGUCGGUACAAUGCGAAACGCUCGAGUAGCUAUCGGCCAAAUGGAGAGCCCUUCGCCAUACAUUAUGGUUCUGGGAGCCUGUCUGGUUACCUGUCGCGAGAUACAGUCCGUGUGGCUGGAUUGGAGAUAAAAGAACAGACUUUCGCAGAAGCAACAAAAAUGCCCGGUCCCAUAUUCUUGGCGGCUAAAUUCGAUGGCAUUUUCGGUCUGGCCUAUCACAGCAUAUCUAUGGGCAACGUAAAGCCACCCUUCUACGCUAUGAUGGAGCAGCAUCUACUGGCGCGACCUGUUUUCUCCGUUUAUCUGAAUCGAAAUUCCAGGGAACGGGAUGGUGGAGCACUCAUCUUUGGCGGCUCGGAUCCGCGCCACUAUCGUGGCAACUUUACUUAUGUGAUGGUCAGCCAUCGCUCCUACUGGCAGGUUAAGAUGGAAUCAGCCCAUAUUAAUACGCUCCAUCUAUGCCAGCACGGCUGUGAGGUCAUCAUCGAUACAGGCACCUCAUUCCUGGCGCUGCCCUACGAGCAGGCAAUUCUGAUCAAUGAGAGUAUAGGCGGUACACCCUCCGAAUACGGCCAAUACUUGAUACCAUGCGAUUCGGUAUCCAAGCUGCCGGUCAUGUCCUUUCGACUGGGUGGACGCGUGUUUCAGCUGGAGGGAAAGGACUACAUAUUCACGGAUAUGUUCCGAGACAAAACAGUCUGUGCCUCGGCUUUCAUAGCCGUGGACCUACCGUCGCCCAGUGGCCCACUUUGGAUACUGGGCGAUGUUUUUCUCGGCAAAUACUAUACAGAGUUCGACAUGGGCAAUCAUCGCAUUGGUUUCGCCGAUACCAAAUGAGGGAUGUGUAGUCACUGGGGAAAAAUAACUCAUACGCCAUGUGGUGCAGAUAUAGCGUUUAUGUUUGCUUUCGUUUCUUGUUGUUUUGGGUUUUAUUUUGGCACUCAUUAAAUGGUUGUCAUAACAAAAAAUUCGUCUGAAGUUUCGGGCUGUCAUAAAUUUAAACGAGCCACCCUCGAAAAACCAAAGAAAGCGAAAAUAAAGAAAGCAAACCAAGUAA